GCGGUCAAAAGCUCUGUAGCCUGCUGGACAGGUUCUGUUUGCCGUCACAUGCCUAGAAGGGAGCUACUGAAUGUGAAGCUGUAUAAUUAGCAGUGAAGCCAAAAACUGGACUUGUGUGGAAUAUGGACGCAUAGUGGAAAGAAAGGAAUUGGCUUUAGGUCAGUGGAUGGACAGACAGACAGGAGGAAUGUCACUCGAAGAAAACUCCAAACCCAAACGUCCAGCUCGCCCCCCAGCACAGAUCUUAUUCACGAUUCAGCCCUGUCGGCCUGCACCCCCACCUCCUACAGCACUGCAUAUCAAAACGUCCAGCCCACCGCUGGAGCAACCAGUUACCCCAGCAUAUAUAAGGGUCCUUUCUGAGGAGACCCCUGCUAAGCAGACUGGAACUCCUGCCAGGCCUGCACCUCCAGUACCAAGAAGACCCGUACUUUCCAGAACUGAGCGCUGUUAUCAGAGUAUAGAGGCAGAGAGUUUAAAUGGGAGUGAAAAGCCAGCAGUCACAAGAAAUGCAGGUCUCUCUUGGAAUGAAGUGAACGCUAAUGCUACAGAAAACAUUCCAAUAUACGAAGAUGUUCUUCCCAAUGAGAAUGAGGAUGGUACCUCAACACCAGACCCUCUUCCUGCUCCUCCACGUCCUCCCACUCGUCCUCAUCCCCUUACUCCGCCUCGUCCACCAGUGACUAAACCAAGAAGACCCUUCCUGUCCCAGUCCGUCACAGAGGAGCCUGUUGAGCACCUGUAUGAAUAUAUAGCAGAUGUAAUUCCAGACUCUGUGCUUGAGGACGAAUGUGAUAAUGGAGAGAGAGAUGUUUGCUCAGUCGACAGGAAGCCUGGCACCCCUCACCCACUGCGCUCAUGGAGUGAGCAGUCAAGUGUGGAUGGAGACAGCAGUGCAAAGGAGCUGGACAUUCUGUUAGAAUGGUGGAGAAGUGUGGAAGGGUGGGAGACACUGACUGUGGGUCAUCAUGGACAGGAAUCUGAAUCAAAGAUGCUAAUGCUAGUGGUUCAUAGAGUGAAGAUGGCGAUGCGUCUGUUCCAGCUUCUCGUGUUUCAACGUGGUAGAAUAUUGCUGAAUCACAUCACUGAGCUUCACUGCACCGCAGACAGUGUGAGCAGAGUGGGUAAGAACACACGGAUCGCAGGAAUCACCGGGGGUACCACCGGGGCGGUGGGGGCGGCAGCAGUGGUGGCAGGUCUGGCUCUUGCGCCCUUCACUUUUGGGGCUUCUAUGGUAGCAGCUGGAAUCGGCGUGGGGGUCGCGGCUGCUGGAGGAGUGACCGGCGCUUCAGCCGCCAUCACCAACAAAGUAAAGAGCAGCCAGGUGAGGAGCAAGUUGGAGAGAAUCCUUAGGAACUGCAGGAUCCACUUGGAGAACAUCGUAGCGUGCCUGGAGUUUGUCGAGGUGGGGAUGGAGCAACUCAGGCAUCGCAAUUACUCCAAGCUUAAGCAUUUGGACUCUUGUGCUUUGAAAAUAAUAAAAAUGGCCCAGGAGAUUGACAGCUUUUAUUCCACAGAUGCCAUUAGCAGGUGUUCUUGCAUCCUGCAGGGAUUUGCAUCUGGGCUGGAUUCCUACUUCACUGAAGAAGACCAACUAAAACUGAAGAGAGAUUCUGAAAAUCAGUUUGCAGAAAAAAUCCGAGAGGUGGCCGACAAGCUUAAAGAGAGCAUGGAUGAACUCAUACUGGUUAAAAAUCAGUUUCGCUCAAUAGUCGAUAGUGUCUGAUAAUGUCUGAUUAAAUUGCUUUAUUUUAAAAAUACAUGUAAUGUCUACUAUUUUAAUAAAUAAAUCUAAUAUAUUAUUAAUGUCA